AUGACAAACUCAUUAGAUUUAUUAAAGCAAACCGGAACUGUAGUCGUCACAGACUCUGGUGACUUUGAGUCCAUCGACCAAUACAAGCCACAAGACGCUACAACCAACCCAUCCCUCAUCUUAGCCGCCACCAAGAAGCCAAACUACGCCAAGCUCAUCGACGUUGCCAUCGACUACGCAAAGUCACAGAAAGGCGACACAACCGCAAAGGUUGAAAUGGCCCUUGACCGUCUUCUCGUCGAAUUCGGCAGAAAGAUUCUUGACAUCAUCCCUGGUCGUGUCUCCACUGAAGUUGACGCUUCCCUCUCCUUCAACAAGGAAGCCACAAAGGCAAAGGCACGUGAAAUCAUCGCCCUCUACAAAGAAAACGGUGUCCACAAGGACCGUAUUCUCAUCAAGAUCGCCUCCACUUGGGAAGGUAUCCAGGCAGCCAAGGAUCUUGAAGCUGAGGGCAUUCACUGCAACCUCACCCUCCUCUUCGGUUUCGCUCAAGCCGUUGCAUGUGCUGAAGCUGGUGUUACCCUUGUCUCUCCAUUCGUUGGUCGUAUUCUCGACUGGUACAAGAAGAACCAACCAGAGGGUUCUUACGAAGCUGAGAGAGACCCUGGUGUACAAUCCGUGCAAAAGAUCUACAACUACUACAAGCAACACGGCUACAACACCAUCGUUAUGGGUGCUUCAUUCAGAACUACCGAUGAGAUCAAGUUCCUCGCUGGUUGUGAUUUCCUCACCGUCGCCCCAGCUCUCCUUGAGCAACUCAAGAACUCUGAAGAAAAGAUGGACCGCAAGCUCGAUCCAGAGACUGCCAAGUCAGCUGAACAAAUUCCAAAGACUUCAUACAUCAACGAUGAAGCUAAGUUCAGAUGGGAGUUGUUCGACGAGGCCGUAGCUCACGACAAGCUCCACGAAGGUAUCAGAGGUUUCGCCCGUGAUGCCCUCACUCUCAGAGGCAACCUUAGAGAACGUUUGGAGUAA